GUAUCGCCCAAAGACGUACGAGCAAUAGCACGAUGCCAGAGCCAGCCAAGUCCGCGCCCAAGAAGGGCUCCAAGAAAGCCGUCACCAAGGCUGCCGGAAAAGGCAAAGGGAAGCGCAGAAAGACAAGGAAGGAGAGCUACGCCAUCUACGUGUACAAGGUCCUGAAGCAGGUCCACCCCGACACCGGCAUCUCGUCCAAGGCCAUGAGCAUCAUGAACUCCUUCGUCAACGACAUCUUCGAGCGCAUCGCCUCCGAGGCGUCUCGUCUGGCUCACUACAACAAGAGAUCCACCAUCUCUUCCAGGGAGAUCCAGACCGCCGUCCGCCUCCUGCUGCCGGGUGAGCUGGCCAAGCACGCCGUGUCUGAGGGCACCAAGGCCGUCACCAAGUACACCAGCUCCAAGUAAAGAUGCUCUAGUAGAAACACUUGAGCUCCACCAAAACGGCUCUUUUAAGAGCCACUUAAUUCUUCUGAAGAGCAAUACACUUUGCAUUUGAAAUAUGGUUUAAUGUACCUUAACCUGCUGCCAUUUAAUAGUGUUAUUAUUUAUCUGAGUUUGGACAUUUCUAAUGCAAUUUAUAGUUCAAACAUCUGGCUAAAAUAUUAGUAUAAUUUGAGCAUAAAA